AUGUUCGACGGAGUGGCAACAGACCCAGUCGUCUCUCUCGCCCUGUCCCGACCGCACCUGAUGAACGCCAUGCUCGCCGUGUCCGCGUCCCAUCUCCGCUGCCACGCCACCACGCCCGUCCCCUCGCAUCGCAUCGCCGAGCACUACCAGCAGUCCCUCGCCGUGCGGGGGUUCCAGGCCGCCCUGGAGGAGUCAUGGGACCCCCUCGGCGCGGACGCCCUGCUCCUGACGUCCAUGCUCCUCAACCUCCUCACCUUCUCCAUCGUCGAGGACGACGACCCGUGGAAGUCGUGGGUGUUCAGCGACGACCCGCAUCGUCUGGGCUGGCUCGGCCUCCAUCUAGGCAUGAAGCCCCUGCUGAUGUCAACAGCGGCCUACCGGAAGGAGGGCACCAUGCUACAGUGGAUGUUUGACGCAUCCGACGACGACAGGCGAACAUUCAAUGGGACGCCGCAGCCGCUGGACCGCGUCCCUCGGGCGUGGAUAAAGCUGUGCGGGAUCUCUCCGAGCCAGAUACACCGUCCAGACCCUGAUCACGUCUUCUAUGAGCCUGUGAGGAUCCUGGGGGAACUUAAAGACAUGGAACCGCGGCACGAGCUCCUGUUCAUCUACGUUUCCUUCGUCGGCAAGCUGGACAACGAGUUUCGCCGGCUCCUGGAAUCGGGGGGCCCGGCAGCAAUGUGGCUUUUCGGAUACUGGCUCGGCCUCGUGACUCGCUUCAACUUCUGGUGGUGCAACAACCGGGUUCGGCGGGACCACCAGGCCAUUUGUAUCUGGUUUGAGCUUCGGGGUUUCGCGAAGCGUGCGGGACCUGAAGGCGAGAUGUGGCGAGAACUGCUCUUUGACUUGGAGAAUGCACCGGUCUGGCCUUCGCCGAGAAGAUCCAAAAGCGGUAUCGAAAUGGCCGAUGCGCCUGAUGAUAUCGGUAGUGUAUGUGAAGAAGUAUAA